AUGCCAGCCAACCUCACAGAGGGCAGCCCCAAUUCCAAAGGGACCACACAGAUGCUGGAUUCUCAUGCAGUCCUCUGCUUCCCCACAACUUUGCCGGAAGUAAAGGAGGAAGAAGAGUGGAGCUCCUUCUACUACUCCUUUAAGACUGAGCAGUUGAUAACUCUGUGGGUCCUCUUUGUUUUCACCGUUGUUGGAAAUUCCAUCGUGCUGUUCUCCAUGUGGAGGAGGAAGAGGAAGUCGAGGAUGACCUUCUUUGUGACUCAACUGGCCAUCACAGACUCUUUCACAGGACUUGUUAACAUCUUGACAGAUAUCAUUUGGCGAUUCACUGGAGACUUCAUGGCACCUGAUCUGGUUUGCCGAGUGGUCCGCUAUUUGCAGGUUGUGCUGCUCUAUGCCUCUACCUACGUCCUGGUGUCCCUCAGCAUAGAUAGAUACCACGCCAUCGUCCACCCCAUGAAGUUCCUGCAAGGAGAAAAGCAAGCCAAGGUCCUCAUCGUGACUGCCUGGGGUCUCUCUUUCCUGUUCUCCAUUCCCACCCUGAUCAUAUUUGGGAAAAGGAAACUGUCCAACGGUGAAGUGCAGUGCUGGGCCCUGUGGCCUGAUGACUCCUACUGGACCCCAUACAUGACCAUUGUGGCCUUUCUGGUGUACUUCAUCCCUCUGACAAUCAUCAGUGUCAUCUAUGCCAUUGUGAUCCGAACCAUUUGGAUCAAAAGCAAAGGCUGUGAGAUGGUGAUUUCCAACUGCUCAGAUGGAAAGCUGUGCACCAGUUACAACCGAGGGCUCAUCUCAAAGGCAAAAAUCAAGGCCGUCAAGUACAGCAUGGUCAUCAUUCUCGCCUUCAUCUGCUGUUGGAGUCCGUACUUCCUCUUCGACAUGUUGGACAAUUUCAGCUUCCUUCCAGACACCAAGGAGCGCUUCUAUGCCUCUGUGAUCAUUCAGAACCUGCCGACUUUGAAUAGCGCUAUCAAUCCUCUCAUCUACUGCAUCUUCAGCAGCUCCAUGUGUUAUUCUUUCUCUAGGAAGCAAAGAUCACGGGAUUCCAAAAUGACGUGCCGGGAGAGAAUCGAGAGGCACGAGAUGCAGGCUCUGUCUAAGCCAGAAUUCAUCUAG